AGAUUUAUUAGAAAGAGAGUGGAAUGAAUUUGAGUUUAAGCAUUAUAGAUAUGCAGCCCAUAUUCUUAACAUUGCUAUUAGUUAUGGAAUGCAACUACAAACAGAGUUAAUAGAGAAAGUUAGAACUUUUGUAUCCAAG